CUGCUCUCGCUGGGCCUGCCCUGUAAACCUUUCUCUCUCCCAGGUGCCGAGCUGGGUAAGUAGAAAACUCACUUUCUAAACGCUCUCUCGGACUCGGCUUGAACUGUGUGUGUAUGUGUGUGUGUGUGUGUGUGUGUGUGUGCAGGAGGAAAGUUUUCGGUGCAGAGCGUUCCUGCCCGCACGUCCCGCUGCGCCGGCUGGGCACGGGGGGCUCAGACCCUCUCUCUUAGUGUUGCCCGCUCAGGUGGGAGGACAGAUGUGUCCCUGGGGUGUGUCCCUGGGGUGGUGCUGCAGCUCCUCCCGUUUGGUGACGCUCGUGGAGAGCUGUGUAGGAGCCCCAGCCAGGCAGGAUUUGUGCGAGGCUCGAACAGCCGACGCUCAGCUGGUCCCAGUCCCAGAGAGCCUGUGACAGCUGGCUUGUCCCCAUGGUCCUUGGUUUGGGCUGUGGCAGGAAGCCCCUGGCUCUGAUUCUCCAGAGCAGAUCCUCCUGGGUGGGCUCAGCUGACGUGGGGUGUCGUGUGAGGGGCUUUGCGGAGGAGCAGAGCUUUUGGAGCACUCAGCUCAGGUGGAGGCAGCGACCAUCCCAGGCUCUUCCUGGCAGUGUCCCCGGCUUUCUCUUCUCGUCUGUUCUGCUGUUCACUUCUGUUAGACCCCAGACACGGUCUCUGCUCUGUGUGUGGAGCUCUCAGUGUUGUCUGGUCUGUUCUGGCUGUGUGUCCAGGGGGGGGAUUGGGGGCUGGAUUCAGGUCCCAAGUCUCCUGGGCCGCUUGCUCCCAGGUGUGGGGAUACCUAGCUGAGGAACCGAAGGCAGGAAUUCUCUCUUCUCUGGCAUAAACCUCUUAUCUGCCUCAUCCCAGGCUGUCCCUGUUCCCUGUUGGGCUCUGCUUCUCUCCUGGAAGUUAGUCCUUCCAGGAUCAGCUUCUUCGGGGGAGGGUCUGAGAAGAGGUGUCCGUCUUUCCCCCCAGGCAGUCACUGUAAACUCUCAGUUUUGGAUGGAUUGUUGUUACCUAGAGCUGCUUCUGGAAUCUCUGAAUUCCUCUUUCCCUGAGUGUCGGGGCUGGGGGAAGCUGUGUGGGCGGUUGUUGGAGUGGGAUGGGGGUGCCUGUGAGGGCAGCCUGGGCUUGUGCAGGACCUCUGGGCACCUGCCUCCCACUGCCCUUCCUCCUUGGUGGCCGUGGGGCUGCCGGGAGCCCCCUCCCUGUGGCCUCUGGCAUGUUUAGGGGGUCCCCAGGACCCGAAGGCUGGUGCUAUUCCUCUCUGAGCCCCCGUGGGAGCGAGAGCAGCCGGCCCCUUCCGUGCCCCCUCGGCUCCCACACUCUGACAGCUCUGCUCUCACACUGGUUCGGGUGGGGCUGUUUGUAGGUUCUUUUUUUUCUUAUUUUUUUAUUUUUAUUUUUUUUUUACUUUUUUUUUCCUUACUUUUUUUUUUUUUCCUUUUUUGCUACAACGAAAAGCGAAACUGUUUUUUUUUUUCUUUUCUGAGCUAGUGUGUUGUAUCUUGACAUGUUCCCUUGCAAUAUCCCUAUCGUUAUAUAUUCCUCUGUGCCGUAUGAAUUGGCUGGGAAUCUCCUCCUGCAACCCCUCCUCAAACAACCAUGUGAAUUUCCAAACCAACCAAUGCUGACGCUGGCUGCUGCGCUGGUUUGAAAAUCUGAUUGGUGAAUGAUGAAUUCCCUGUCUGCCUGGGCCAGCAGCGGAGUCGACAGAGCAGCAGAAGGGCCAAGAGUGUGGAGGACGACGACGAGGGGCAUCUGAUCUAUCGCGUCGGCGACUGGCUACAAGAAAGAUGUACAGCCAAAUCGUAACAUAAUUUAGCUCUCUAGUUAAGCUCCCAUCGCAGUCGCAGAUCUGUCUUAUCUUUCUGUUUCAUUUUAUUUUCAUUGUUUAUUAAAGAGAAACCCUCUCCUUUUCCUUCCCCUUUUGUUAAAAGCUACGUUUAUAUUGUGUAUUGUUACUGAAGUGCCAGGGAAUUAGGGCAGCUGCCUUGUGCAGCCGGUGUCAGCCUUCCGCUGCUCCGGUCUCUCCAGCUGUGUGCAGGUUAGGUGUUGCAAUGCAUUCUCCUCUGCCCUGUGUAUCGCUGCAGCCAGGUGCUGCUCCCUCUCUCAGCUCCUUCCCUCUCCUUCUCUCCCUCCCAGAUGAGAUUAUCAGCACGCUGGGGGAAGGCACGUUCGGCAGAGUGGUGCAGUGCAUGGAUCACCGGAGGGGUGGUGCACGUGUUGCUCUCAAAAUCAUUAAAAACGUAGAGAAAUACAAAGAGGCUGCUCGGCUGGAAAUCAACGUGCUGGAGAAAAUCAACGAGAAGGAUCCCGAGAACACAAAUCUCUGUGUCAGGAUGUUUGACUGGUUUGACUACCAUGGCCACAUGUGCAUCUCCUUUGAGCUGCUGGGGCUCAGCACCUUUGACUUCCUGAAGGACAACAACUACCUGCCUUACCCCAUCCACCAAGUACGGCACAUGGCCUUCCAGGUGUGCCAGGCUGUGAAGUUUCUGCACGACAAUAAACUCACCCACACCGACCUCAAGCCGGAGAACAUCCUCUUUGUGAACUCGGACUAUGAGCUCUCCUACAACCUGGAAAAGAAGCGGGACGAGCGGAGCGUGAAGAGCACGGCCAUCAGGGUGGUGGACUUUGGCAGCGCCACGUUUGACCACGAGCACCACAGCACCAUUGUCUCCACCAGGCACUACCGGGCCCCUGAAGUCAUCCUGGAGCUUGGCUGGAGCCAGCCCUGUGAUGUGUGGAGCAUUGGCUGCAUCAUCUUUGAGUAUUAUGUGGGUUUCACCCUGUUCCAGACACACGACAACCGGGAGCACCUGGCCAUGAUGGAGAGGAUCCUGGGGCCAAUUCCUUCUCGGAUGGUCAGGAAGACGAGGAAACAGAAGUAUUUCUACCACGGGCGCCUGGACUGGGACGAGAACACCUCGGCCGGACGCUACGUCCGGGAGAACUGCAAACCCCUGCGGCGCUACCUGACGUCGGAGGCCGAGGACCACCACCGCCUGUUCGACCUCAUUGAGAGCAUGCUGGAGUACGAGCCGUCCAAGCGGGUCACCCUGGCCGAGGCCCUCAAACACCCCUUCUUUGACCUGCUGGGCAUGGAGCCCAGCACAAAACUGUGGGACUCGAGCCGGGACAUCAGCCGGUGACGCCGCCGGUGCCAGCCAGCCUUUGCAUUCUAGCCCCCGUGGAGGCCCCCCGUGACUUCUUAUCCAGACACUUGGUGCUUUUUUUUUUUCUUUUUUUUUUUAUAUAUAUACAUGAGAAGAACUCCCCUUUGUAAAGCUGUUAAUAUGUGAGAUACUGUAAAUAGCCCUGUCGGCCUCGGGGCAGCGUGGGCCUGACCUGCUGUUCCAUGAGGUGAGGGGGGGCCUGUGUGUCCAUGCUGUAAAUACCUCUCUCGUCAAAGUGUUGCUUUGUCUCCUGUUCCUGCCCUCCCUCGGUGUAAAUACUCCAGGACUCGCAGCUCUCUGUAGCUUAUCUGUUCUCUUGUAAGUUAUGGAACUGGUGGGACUGCAUGGGAAUUAUUUUUUGGAUCAAUGUCAUAGCCCAUCCCCACACCAGAGUUUUAUAAGAAUUUUGUACAGUCUUUGUGACAAAUAAAUAUGAAGUGAA